AUGCAAACCAUAAUAACUUCAUUCACCAUCAUGGCAUAGAAAUUGAACCAAGUACAUUAUUUAAUUCCAAUGUCCAUCCACAUCCUAAUACCAAAUGUUCAUUCCAAUUAAAUUUAUAGUAAAUCGCAUUGGUACCAUUCCAGUAAAUAAAAUAUGGUGCACGAUUUGGUCUGACAUUUGGAGGAUUUUAAGGAGUUGAAGGAACUGAUGCAACUCCAGGAUUAGGAUUCUGAAGAAAAGGACCUUGACAAUCGGGCAAUGCAAUUCAAACAAAUUCUAUAGCAGGAAAAUUCUGCUGAAUCACAAAAAGUUUAUCAAAUGCAAGUUGAAGAUAAGGAUCAAGGUUAUAAAAUACCUCAAUAUACACAUUUGGUGGUGGACAUUGAUUAGCGAUUGGGUUAUGCAAUUGCUGGUAAGUUGGUCUUUGAAACCAGACACCAACAUCUGGUUUACACUCAUUUCCUGCUAUCACACAACAUGUAUUAAGUGCUACAAACCAAUUUGGAUUAUGUACCCUGCCUGAAAUCAGAAAAUUGGCUUGAAUAUCUUCUUUAUGGCCCCCGUCAAUUUUGAUGUACAAGUCGUUAUUAAUUAUUUCAGGGUCAUAUUUAUCACGUAUCGCCUGGCGUACAUGUACAUCACAUUCAACUAGCUCAGGGAGGGUAAUCUUGACAAGAGUUUUAUUUAGAUUUUGCGCUAAUAUUUCAUCAAUUUUCGUGCAGAU